UGCAUUAGAACACCAACAUGGCGACGAUGGCAAUUUUCAGAGCAGAAACAACGGCGUCUGUAGCCUCAAGCUUUGAACAGCUUCACCCAAAAGUGAAACAAAAGCAGAAAGAUAAGGCCAAAGAAACUUCUGAUCCGCUUAAAGUCUUGGAUCCUGCGAGGAAAAAGCUCACAUCGGUGGAAGCACAACGAGUAAUAGCUGUGGUCGAUGAUUCUAUCAAAAGAUUGGAAUUAGUUUCGCUCCUUCCUUACAUCAUUGAAAACUUGAACCGGUUCUCUGUUAUCCUUGGAUCUGACCUAGUUCAAGUCCUAGAAGAGCAUGAUCGACUACAAUCCUCCUAUCAGAGAGCGAUUUCCAAGUUUACUCUUGAUCAAAGACGUAGCCAGUCUGCCUCUCCUACUCCAUCGCACGUUUCAUCGCGGAGAUCAAGCGAGGCCUCGCAAGCUACUCUGGAAAAUGAAGACGUCCUUGCUCUUCGGGAAAGUAGGCAAAGUUCUGCUGGGAGCAAGCAAUCGAUGUCCUUAAAACAAGGUCGUUUAAGCCCUUUAGAACAAGCAGGCAAUCAAGACGAAACUUUGGAUCUGAAGAUGGUCCAAGCUCUAAGCGCACAGAUGAAACAUUCUGUCAGGACAAUCAUGAGAUUGUUUGCUUCUAAUCCAGCUGCUGUGAAUUCACUGAAAGACUUGAGAAACGAAAGGUCGAUGGAAGUUAAUGGGAUGAUCGAUGAAAUAACCACAUUGAGAGCGAUUUUGUUCGAGAAACUCUUGACAACACCAAGCGAGGAAAAGGAGAGAAAACAGUAUUUAAAGCAGAUUGUUGCUAGGGAAAUGAAAUCCAGCGAAAGUGGGCGCAAACUUCAAGAGGAGCUGAAAAGAGCCAUAGAUGACAAAGAAAAUGAGGUAAAAUGUUGGCGUUCAUUUACUUCCCUCAAAUGUUGGCAUCCUCAUAAAACAGGACCAGGGUUGGGUGGGUAGAGGUUUCCUGAGGGGGCCUUCAAAUCCACACCCUGUGUUAGACCCUGUUAUAGGACAAGAGGCCUUAUUUCACUAGACUGCUUGCAGUCUGCCUUUUCUCUAAAAAUCCAUCCUGUCCUUAUCCCACCCAGCAUGAUAAUUUGCAAAAAAAUGACAUUACAAUAAGGGAUUAGGAAGUGAUGAGAAAGGACGGACUGCGGACUCUUUUGUAGUAAAUACACCCCCCGUCAUUCCAGAAAUGGAGUAGCUGAUUGGUCAAUUUUGCAGCUAUCGAUGGUCUGUGGUAGGAGAUAGCAGGUGAUAAAAAUAGUCAUGCAUCACAACUAACUUAUUACGAAAAAUAAUGAACCAAGCUGUUAUCACGUAUAAGCUAAAAGGUAUGAGGAUGUCUUCCUUAAUAAAAAAAAAGAAGGUAACUGCUGUAAAUUUUCUAAAUGGAAGGAAAGUCAUAGCCUGCGAAAACAGCCGUUUCUCCUCGCUCCUCAGGACUUUUCGCAUGGAGGAACGUCUACGAUUCAGCGACAGAAAUUCCAAACUGAUGAUGUAAAUCAUGUUUAUUUUAUAUCCGGUAGUCAUGGGGUUCCACAUCCAAAUUUGUUCAAUUUUGCAUUUCUCCUGGUUGAUUUUACUAAAGUGUUGUGUUCAUCUGCAAACAAGCCCCAGAAAAACUCAACUGCCUCUUCUAGAGAAGAAUAUAUUCCACCAGUUUUGACUGUUUUGUUACAGAUUUAUUGCGUUUACAGUUUACCUUCGUGGCUUUUUGUCUUUUGUCUGUCAUUCACAAACAGUAGCUAAAACAAUGUAACUACUCCGUUGAGUCAUCAGCGCUUCUGACUGGAUUCCAGACAGAUUUUACACCUUCAGUAUUGAAAUUCUGUCACUGAGUCGCAGAUGUUAUUCUGCGUGAUUUGUCCUCAGCGUCAAAGAGCAAGGAGAAACAGCUGUUUUCGUAGGCUAGGAAAGUCAUGGCUAUCUUAUAGGAUUAAAAAAAAGUGUAAUUUUUCACUUUUUAUGAUUAAAUCGGCUCAGAUAACUCAGGUUUAAUUGGUUGAUAAAAUUACCUUCACUGACUGUUUUGUUGUCCCCAGACAGAGCAAAAGAGUCCACAAUCUCUCAUUUUUUCUUCUCAGGCUUAUUCCCUCCUUCACUGCGGCUCACAGCUUCACUGCUCGCCGCUCCCCUGCAUGGGUUAGGUGUGGAGAGUAGCCUUGCAACGAAAAAUAAGAGACUGCUCACAGUCAACUCACAGUCAAUUAUUUCAUGACCCUGAUUUAUUUUGUUUUCCAUACAAAAGUAUCCAAUUCGCCUUUUGGAAUGCUCACUUAAUUUCUAAAGUGUUUAAUUUGUAGAUUUCCAAAAGAAAUGACAUCAUUCGCAGACUAAAGAAUGACAUAUAUGUUGUUGAGAAGAAUGCAGAGGAACAAAGUCGCAGAAUCAUCACAGAUGCUGCCAAACAGGACGCAGCAGAAAUGAAAAACUCAGAUAGCAAGAAAUCUAAACUUCAACAGGAAAUUAUUGAACUGAAAAAGAAACUUGAGGGUGACACAGUAGGUCACAGGGAAAGUGAACUGGCCUUGAGAAAAGUAGGUGUUUAAUUACAUUUGUAGUUAACCCCAAUAUCAACAUUCAUAUUCUCCUCAUGGUUCUUCAUACAUUUCUUAUGAUACUGCUUGAGAGAAUUUGCUCAAAUAUCAGGAAAUCUGUAUGUUUCAUUAGGCAAUGUUAUUAUUUAGAGAAACUGGAUGCUAGUCGCAGUAUAUUGAGGCUUAAAGGGUAAAAUAAGUGUUUAAACAUUUAACUUUAAAAUGCAAUGUACUCUAUCAACCUCCAAUUAAUGACUCAUUUUCAAGCGCAUUUGAAAGGAGAAUGCUUAGUAGAGGAAAACUGGUAGGUUAAGUAUUCUUGUUAGGGAGCUUUUAAGCGUAAAAGCAACCAAGACAACGACGACAGCAAAAUGUUCAAAAAUAAAUUGGUUCUAUGAGCAAAACAACAGCUCUGCAAGAGCAUCACGCUUUUUAGUACAUUUCCCUGACGUCCACUUCACGAGACAGUACGACGUCAAACCUCCUAAUACGAAGUUUUUAGGAGGACGUGAACGUAGGAAGAGGAAUUUUCCUUUCUCUUUUUGAAACCGGAUAAAGUCUUUAAGAAUUCAACACCAGGAGAAAAUCGCCUGGACAAAAUGAAAUGGUGAACAUAUAGACGCGAUAAAGUUUGAAAAAAAACGCAGAUUCAUUUUUUAGGGAUUUUUCUCUUCAGUCGUAGUCGUCGUUACUUAAGCUCCCUCCCCGGGGGGGGGACUUUAGGAAUUUCUGGGUGGGGAUGUGCCGCUGGGACCCUGGAACCCUUAACCUAUACUAGAGCUAGUUCAGCUGAAUUUUGCUACCCUAUACUGGAGUAAACUCCCCAAAUCCCCCCUAUCCUAGAGUAGCUGUUUCCCUAGUCUAGUUUCCUGAAAAAUCAUACCCUAUUCUAGACCCAAACGCUCUGAUUUAUAGACCCUAUCCUAGAGUAAACUGCUUGAAAACCAUACCCUUCACAGCGGCACAUACCUAUAUAGCCCAUAUAUGGUAGUGCCCCCCCGGCUCAUAUUUGGCGGACUAGGAAAAGGAUUAGAAGACUUCAUGACAUGCAAUCGUUAUUCGAAGUGCCCUACUACAAACGUUUGCAGGGCUUUGAAAAGUCCUUGAAGAAACUCUGGUUCUGAAGUCCUUGAAACUCAUAACAAAUUACAAAUCGCUUUCAAAAGUCCUGGAAUUUUUCUCAACAGUCUAAUAAACCUCCUUGAAAAUAAGACAUCAGAACAGCCUUUUAUAGGAAAAACGGAUUACACUCAUAGAUGUGCAAUGGUUUCCCAGUGUGGGUGAAUUAAUGCAAAUACGUUGUAGGAUCGCAAUCUGAACAUUUUCCCAGAUUUUCUAUCGGAAGUGUUUUUUUUUUCUUUCUUUUAUUUUGCAUUCUAAAUAAAAAUGACUAGCUUGGUGCCUUUUUUGCUACAAUGAAUCUCAUCAUCGUUCGUCCACUUUUUUAUUGUAGCGCAAGUACAGGAUAGAAACAGAAGUUGAGAACUGGAUUCAGAAAUAUGACACAGAUAUGGGAGAAAGACAGGUACCUUACUCUCACAAAACAUAACCGCCCGUGCGGAUCCACGCCCCAUGAACCGCUUGUGACGGAUCAGUUAAGUCGGUCUUUCAAACCAUUCUCAAAUCAGCGCGAUUCAGUCAAGGAGGACCGAGAAAAAGGCAAAAAAUACAUGUUUCGAUCCGAAAAUCCCCAUGAAAGUCUUGUUUCACUAUCCACUUACCCUUUCCUUCCGUCUAAUCCUGGGAUCCAACCUAAGAGCUUUUCCAAAAACGUUUCCCACUGGAAUGAACAUGUAGCCUGCUAAAUACCCAGCAAAAGGGAAAAAAACAAGGCAACAAAAGCGUAAGAAAAGGGGAGGAUAGCCUGCGUAGCAUGACGGUUUUGGUCGGGCCGUCGGGCGUACAUACGAGCCAAGGAGGGCGAGGGCUUGCAAAACAACAACUUUGCACGUGCAUCACGCUUUUUUGUACAUUUAUUUGCCGUUCCUGUACGACUACCACGUGAAAUGACCAAAUUUUAAGUUUUUUGAGGACGAGGACGGGAAACAGAUAAAUUUACCAUUUCUGUCUGAACUUGGGCGCGGUCCCCUCUCUUCAUCUCCAACCUAAAUUCCCUUUUUUAAGUAACUGGGCGACUUGGGAUGAUCGCGAAAAAAAGUGACAGGAUGCGAAGCCUAUUUUUCAGGGACGUUUUCACGGACGUCGCCGUUGUCGGAUCGUAAGGUCUUUUCCGGUGAACUUAUGCAACAGGACGACGGAUGAAAGAAGACGACAAACCUUGUGUGACAAGCGUGACAAAACUUUUGUUGGAAACAACUUUUCGCCAAACUUCAUUUUCCUUUAAACAGAUCUAUUUGUAAAGAACCAGAGUAUAUUGUCCUCUUCUUCAAGCCUUCCUGUUGCGUAAAGUCACUUUUAAGUCCCAAUGGUUCCUGUAAACGAACCAAUAACUGGGAGCUGCACUGUUUUCGUUGUUUGCAGGAUGAAUUCGACGCCCUAGACGCCAUUUACACUGAAGAAAAGAGACAACUUAGUGAACUAGAAGAGCGAUUCAAGACGCUGGAAAAGGAAUAUUUAGAGAUCAUGGAGGCAAGAAGGAUAGCUAAAGAGAAAGCAGAGGCAGCCGAGAGAGAACUGAAUCUUAAAAUACGUGCGGCGAGGUUGAUUCAGUCGCUUUGGCGAGCGCAUAAGGCCAGAAAAGCGCUCAAGAGUAAAAAGAAAAAGGGAAAAGGAAAGAAGGGAAAGAAAAGUGGUGGAAAGAAGAAAAAGAGGUAGUUUGGAUUUUGUUGCAACGAUGUGCCUUAAUGGGAACCAGUGCGCAACAAUCCAAGCGAUAAUCAAUCAAACGUGGCAACAAAAAUGCCCCUGCCUUCAGCUCAUGAAAUGAGUAUAUCCCGUAAACUUUUUCAUUCCGACAAGCGCUCUAGCGGUCAUUUCGCCCACGCGUCGGUUCGCAAACGUCCCGUACGGUACUGUCUAAAGUCGUUUCGAUUACGAAACAAUCCAGGCGCUCUACAUAUAUAUAUACCUCCUUCUUUCAGCCCUGACACUAAAAUGUCUGAUACACAUGUGUAUACUUUGUUCUUUAAUCCUUUGAUCAGGCGAAAGAAGCUAGCGAACUGACCAAACUCGUUGGCGAACAGGGCGUUGGCGAAACGACUCGUACGAGAAUUGAUCUUUAAUCGAAAUUUUUCUUUCGGAUGGUGUUGUACUAGGUUACGUCUCGUGUUUUUAUCUCGCAAUGGCGCAACAAAACCGUAAGACAAGUUACAAGAACAACUAGCCUGUCCAUAGACUUCUUUUGUUCGACCAUUCGACAGCGCGCGAGAGCGAGCAAGGAAGGAAGCCCCCCCCCCCCCCCCUUGUGCUUACGAUGAAUAAACCCCUCGCAGUUUUAUUUUCAUACGCGCGCUCGACGAUCUCUGAAGAGAAAAUAGAUAGUCUGUGAACUGCUUAUUACAUAUAACGGUGCGAAUUAGGUUACUGUGUCCGCAACUUGUUUCCCAGGGGAAAAUUAGUACUAGAUACAUGACAGUUGUACAGAAAUAUAUUAAUGUACUACAGUUAGUUAUAGCAGUGUUGCAAUUCUAUCUUAUACCUUACCUCUCUAUAAAUAGAAAGCACAGUGGCUUAAUGUGGAUUUCUAGGAAAGAGCUUAAUCUGGUAGUGUUAAAAUAGAAUGGCAGAUGUCUCUAGCUUGCCACGCAGACUAUACCGAGGGGCGUAGCUAUCUUUAGGGUGGAUUUCCACGUCACGUAAUUUUUACGUGUGUACACGCACGUAAAUUUUACUCGCGCAAAUAAAACGGAGACAAGGUGUGAAGUGUUGUGCGUAAACGUGAAGUUGAUUGAGGUUCAACUUUUACUUUUACGCGCGAUCUUUCAAAUUUUGCCUCUCUUAGUUGCGAACGUAAGUUUUACCGACGCACGUACGUACGUACGUCGUAUGGCGUAUGGUGGAUUUGGCAGCCUGUGGAAAAUUUCCAGCUAUGUCCCUGAAUCCGGUCGUCUUAAAGUUUUUCACUUAGUGUAAACAGUAUGUGGGUGUGCUAUUGCACCAUUUCUCUGAUCGUGAACUAAACACAGUGACGUCAUCAGAGUGCAAAGUCAAAAAAGCGAGGUUGUACGAAUUCUUAUCUACACUAGGUUGAAGAACAAUAGAAAAUAAAUCUUUGUACAAGUUUCCAGCCCCGAAGCUUGUUUCAUUUCGAAAAUACACCAUUUUGAACUUCCGAGUUUUCAGAGUGCGUGACACGAAAAUAGGAAUGCUGUCUCAUUGAAAGAAGCCAUUCCUCUUGAUUUUCAGCAGUUUAACCAUUUCAGGUAUUAAAAGAUGUGUUUUCUGCACACGUAUGCUAGCACUCGAGUGAAAAGGAAGAGCUUUUAUAGAAAAAGUGAACUCCAGAUGUUUUUGUUGAUUUCCAGCGGCCAAACUGUCCACCGAUAUGGCGUCUCCAUACAAAGCUCUACAAAGGUGCGUGAAAUGUUUCGGCAAAUGACUCAGAAACUGUGGGCCACAAAGACCUGAGAUUUGGAAAAAUUGUUUAUAUCAGUAGUAGUCUUUUAUAACAUUUCAUUUUCUUGGCUGGACAGUUUCCAAUUUAUUUUUUUGUGCCGUGUUUAUCGCGUGACAGGGAAAAUGAAGAAUUGUCGGUUCUCACAUGACGUCACUAAAAUUCAAACUACAAAACUAUCAAUUCUACCGAGAUUUUACUUUCACGAUGUAUAGGAGCAGCUGAAAACUAAUUUUCAGACAAAUUUUCCCUUCAAAAGGUUUCUUGGUUUUGUGAUAGAGUACGCUUGAAUUUCUAAGUUUUUGCGUGACACGGCAUUUACAUGACGGCCAAGAGAGCUGUCAUGUAGACUUAUUUCAGGGAAUUUUGCUAUCUAAACAGUUCAUGUAUCAGAAAAAGUAUUACUUUAAUGUUUAUGAGUACCUCGAA